ACAACAAGCCCUCGCACUUAUCUGACCUAUCUCAUACCAUAAACCUCAUCAAACAUGGAGGAUUCGAGAUCCAAACGAUAUAAGACAGAAAAGUGUAAGCGUGUGCCGCUCACCUGUCAUGGCAGGAUAAUCACAUCUCUGGAGCGCAGGUACCAAUUCUUUCUUCAAGACUAUAACAUUGUAAGUACUCAUAGUCCAUGGAGAACGGCAAGAGAAAAGGGAACUGUGUCAUUCAUAGUACUAGAAUUCUGUGGAUCCCGAAUGGCGCCCAUCAUUUAAAGUCACCGCCGCUACCGGAUUCCUCGAUCUCCCUAGAGAGAUUCGCAACAUGGUCUAUGAGAUUCUAUAUGACAGGAUAUCUCGCACUGGACAGAACUGGAGUACUAACAUCGUGAAUACGCUUCCUCCGGAGAACCUCUUUCCACCAGCCCUUGUAUCAAAUUCAAACAUCUCUGAAAGGGAGGAAUGGCCGGUUAGAGGUGCCACAGGAAUAGCGACCUUGAUGUCAACGUGCAGACAAGUACACUCAGAACUCGCAGAAAUGCUAUAUUCUAUCCCUCUUGAAUUUCCCCUAUCUUUCGCUGGAGACUUCAGUCUACCUAUCUCAAAAACAUACUCUCAUCUUAUCAAGCGCGUCAUGAUUCCUUUCCAGGGGAUGUCCUUCGACAAUCCUCGGUUUUAUUGGGGUAGAGUUCUACACUUGGUGCGAGAGUUUGCUAAGCUCUUUCCUCAAACCGACAUCAUACGUGCAAUUUGGUCCAGCUUUUCCCGACGCCACUCGAGACUUAAUUUCUAUUACGGACUGGCAGAAGGGACUCGCGAGGCACACGUGAAGAGAUGUGUAAAGUACAUUCGGAGCUUCAGCAAGCUCAACCCGGAACACAUACCCCACCAACUUGAAGUGUUAAUGCAAGAUAAUUUCGUACCGGAAGUCUUGUUUGACACGCCCUUCAGCGAAGCAGUCCGGCGCCUGCGUAGCAAGGCCCCCAAGUCGAGAAAGUGAAUCAGAAGACACAUAUCGAAUCCACACCAGCGUCAUUUGGUGCCUGCGCAAGGGGAUCUACGACCUCCACAAUCACUCCA